CGCCCUGCUCCCGCCCCCCACCGCUGUGUGAGUGUCGGGCUGGCUGUGCGCAGAGGGGCGCGGCUCGGCGCUCCCACCUCCCCCGCGUCCCCAUCUCAGCGAUGACCCGGGCCGUGCCGCCUCCGCCGCCGAGCUGAGACCUGGGAGCCGCGCCGCCGCCGAGGAGGACCCAAGAGGGUGACGGUGGCGCGAGCGGCGGCGUGGAGACGGCGACGGGAGGCGAGGCGGGGCUGCGGCAGGGCAGGGCAGGGCAGGGCCCGGUAGACCGCCGCCAGCGGCUCGUUCGGGGAUCGCGGGUGCGGGUCCGCUCGACCCGGCCCCGCCGGUGCGCCCCGCCCCUGCACGCACAGCAGGCCCAGGCGGAGCGGCGCGACGCCCCAGCCUAGCCCGAGCGCCACGGCAUCCGAGCGGGAGCCGGAGCCCGAGUGGGACCCGAGCUGGAGCCGAAGCUGGAGCCGGCACUGCGGCGCACGGAGCGGAGCGCGGCAGCCAAGCCGAGUGAGUGGAGGGGCCGUCCCCUCAAGAAGUCCGAGCUGUGCUCGAGGGCAGGCUGGCUCCGCUGUUCUGCUCCAAGGAUUACAUGUCCUUCAAACGCCCUUGCCCCUUAGCACGAUACAACCGCACCAGCUACUUCUACCCCACCACAUUCUCCGAGAGCUCUGAGCACAACCACCUGCUGGUCUCUCCGGUGCUGGUGGCAAGCGCUGUCAUAGGUGUGGUCAUCACCCUCUCCUGCAUUACCAUCAUCGUGGGAAGCAUCAGGAGGGACCGACAGGCCCGGAUCCAGCGACACCACCAUCACCACCGCCGCCACCAUCACCAUCAUCGCCACCGCCGGCGCCGACACCGAGAAUACGAGCAGGGCCAAGCUUCUGGCGGUUACAUGCACAGCCAUUCCAGCCGCAGGAUGCCCUACGCCUGUAGCCCUGCUGAGGACUGGCGCCCGCCCUUGGACAUCAGCUCUGACGGCGACAUGGAUGGCACAGUGCUCAGGGAGCUGUACCCAGAUUCUCCACCAGGCUAUGAGGAGUGCGUGGGACCAGGAGCCACUCAGCUGUACGUCCCCACGGAUGCGCCGCCACCUUACUCUUUGACCGGCUCCUGCCCCACACUGAAUGGCGUCCUGGACUCAGGCAGCAGCCACAGCCACCAUCAAUGGGAGCAGAGGACCCAGGGCCAGAGUGGCCUCCACACUGUCUCCAUGGACACGCUGCCACCUUACGAAGCUGUGUGUGGAACAGGCUCUCCAUCUGACCUGCUGCCACUGCCAGGACCAGAACCACAGCCAGCGAACUCCCAGGGCUCAACCACCUCAACCCAGGCUCCAAUUGGCAGCCCUGAGAGGAUUGUGUGAGUGACCCAGCCUGAAAGUCCCACUGGUCCUUCAAGGCUACCCUAUCUCCUCCGGGCACACAGGUGCACAUACAACUUGCGCACAUGCAUAUACGACCACACACACACACACUGGCAUACCCUAAGUGCACACACGGACACAUACCACACACAUAGAGACACCUGCAUAGACACAGGUCCCACUACUACAGAACUUGCCUGGGAAGGUUUUCUUUAGAGGAAGUGUCCCCCAUCUGGUGUCUCUCCCCCGACCCCAGCCUUGCACCUGGUGGUAGUGCCUCUCUGAAUAGUGCUGGGCAGAGGUGAGGUAGGAAGCCCUACUUUCUUCCCUCUCCCCAGCUUCCUCUAGGCUGUGGCCACAGUCUGCUUCUCCUGCAGAAACUGCUUGGUCCACUUGCUGCCACAAACCCUACCCUGGGGCUUGUCCCACUGGGAGCCGAGACAGUUCCCAGUGAGGCCCCUCUACGCACUGUGCCUAUCUUUCAACUCCAGGGCAGAAGAGCCCCAGUGUCACCAUCCCGCCACUUACAGGGUGGAGAAACAGGUCUGGUGGCUUUGGCAUGACCUGGAGGUCCUCACAGCCCAUUGAGCCCCUUGCUGUCUCAAUGUCCUCAGCUUGGCGGUGCUAGUGGGUUAGCUCAGACACCCACCCCAAAGUACAGGGGGAGGACAGGCCCACGGGCAUGUGUCAUGGAGGAGGGUUCUUCCCAUGCUCAUACCAGGACUGGGAGUUCAAGGAAGACAAGGUAUGGGUAGUCUCAACACAGUGCUACCCAGACACUACUCUAGGCACAGAAUGGCCCAUUGCUCAGUCAAUGCCCAGCCAGCCCUGGCAGCCUGAGAGCGUUCAAGCUGCUCUAAGAGCCAGUGCUGACAUCCAGGGUGGCAAUUCAUGGCUGGGGACUGAGUUGAUGAAUUCUGGCCUUGCCUCUCUGGGACAUAUGCACAGACAAAAUAAAAGGAAUAUGAACCCCAUGAGAAAAAAAAAAAAAAAAAAACCACCAUGCCACUCUGAGAAGACUAGUGUCUGCUGCCAGUAUCCUGUUGCAGAAAGAGGUAUGUAGAGACAGCUGGCUGGAGAAGGUUUCAGAUCCUGGCCUGUGAACUCCAGCAAACUCCAUCAAAGACUAUAUAAGGUGACAGAGGUGAUCUUUGAAGACCCAGCUUGCCCAAGGUGAUGGCUAAGCAUCUUUGAGGAGCGUCUUGCUGGCACUGCCACUGGCAGGGAGCAAGACACCCAGCCUCCCCCACUCCCCACCUUUUGUCUGUCAUUCAUCCCGAAGCAGCAGACCCACCCCAUUGACCCUCCUCCCACAUUUCAACUUCUCCAACGAAGGGCUAAGAAAAUUCAGCAAUCCCUUGCUUAAGCAGAGGGUGACAAGAAUGGCUAUCUUGAAUUCUAUUUUCUAUAGAAAUAGCAUUUAUUCUGAUGCAGAGCCGAAAGGGACCCACCCACCGUUCUGUAGCAUCCUGUGAGCAGCCUGCUGGAGGCACAGUCUCCACCUGGGAGAGGGAACUGUGUUUACAAGCAGUUCUGCCCACCUUGCUGGAGUUCUGCUUUCUAGGCAGAAAUAUGUCUGUUGUACUGUAUCGCCUUUCAGAUGCACCCCAGGGACGAGAAGCUUUUUAAGAAAUGCAGUCUGUUUCUGUGGCUCUGGAAAGUGCUGGGGGGUGGUGGGGGAGAAAAACCAUCCCUGCCUACUCAUCAUGUCGGAGGGAUCUACAGAACAGCUUUUCUCCUUCCUGGAUCAGGCUGAAUAAGC